AUGGAAGAAGACGAUGACGACGACGACGCUUCAUCCAGCGGACCGGCCUCUAUCCUGAGAAGUCUGCAGCUUGAAAGUGAAAAUCGUGACUCCCCCAAUAGCUCCAUGACAUCGGGCUCCGUCGCAUCGUCAGUCGCUGAACAGAAGGCUAAGAUUGCACUGAAAAUGGAAGCCAAACCCGAAACCUCGAAAAACGUGAGCCCGUACAUGUUUUUGAAAGCGCCAACAACCUGUCGAGCGAAGUCAUCAAUUCCUCCAAGGCUCUCUCCAUCGGAAUAUGCCAGCCAAUGUGUGGCCGCUGCCGAAGCAUCGAGACUCAACCCCUAUGCCCUACACGAAGAUGAACAUAAAUUGUUACAAGACAAAUUAUGUUACUCCCAUGUCAGUGUAUAUUUGAAUAUACGAAAUGGCAUUCUCAGGUUGUGGACUCGAAAUCCCAGCGUCAGCGUCAGCCUUGAAGAGGCGAUUGGGUGUGCACGAGAUGAGCGAUGGACUCGUCUUGCUUGCUUUGCAUACGAAUGGCUUCUACGACGAGGCUAUAUUAACUUUGGCUGCGUUGAGCCACCCAUAGUGACGAAAUCCGCCAGUCGUGGUCGCAAGAAGGAAACCUCUCGAGAGACAAUUGUCGUGAUUGGAGGUGGUAUGGCUGGUUUGAGCACUGCCAGACAGCUUACCAAUCUCUUUCAACAUUAUCCAGACCGUGUACCUCCAAAGAUCAUCGUGCUGGAAGCCCGUGAUAGAAUAGGUGGGCGAAUUUACUCACACCCUCUGUCAAGCAUGCGAUCUUCCAUACUCUCUCCUGACCAGAGACCUACUGCUGAAAUGGGUGCCCAUAUCAUUGUCGGCUUCGAACGCGGAAAUCCUCUCGAUGCUAUUGUGCGGGGGCAACUUGCACUCGAUUAUCACCUCCUACGAGACCUGUCUACCCUGUACGAUAUCGAUGGCACCCCGGUCAAUGGAGUAAAUGAUGCGAUGAUUGAAAGAUUAUACAAUGACGUCCUUGAUCGAACGGGCCAUUACCGCCUCAAACAUACUGUCAAGAAGACUGCGCAAGGUGACAAAGACUUGAUUGAUGCGGGACGUGAUCCUCCCGACGAGGAGUCCCUUACAAUCAAACAAUUCGAAGAAGCUACCGCUCUGGGCACGAUUGAUCAAUUGUUGCCCAAUAAGAAAUCAAGACGUCGGGGCGCAGGCCAUAGGGCUGCAAAAGGGGACAAGUCGUCAGAAGAGGUUGACACAAGUAUGGAGACAAAGAUUCAGCUUCCUGCGGCACAAGCGGCAAAAGAAUUUGGUUUUUUGCUACGGAAAACAACUCAGAUGCAUGAGACGCUGGAGUUGGAUGAUCUCGCAACGCAGCUGAAUCAGUCCCUGGGAGUAGUGAUGAAUGCGGGUAUUGACCAGUAUCAGAAGUUUCUCGACCUCAAGCCUUACGCCCUUCGCCUCAUCAACUGGCAUUUCGCCAACCUCGAAUAUGCAAACGCGGCCAACGUUGACAAGCUGAGUCUACGAGGCUGGGAUCAAGACAUCGGUAACGAGUUUGAGGGAGAACAUGCCCAAGUCGUUGGUGGCUAUCAGCAAGUCCCACGCGCUUUAUGGCGACACCCAGAACCUCUCGAUGUCCGAACACGCAAGUCAGUCAGGAGCAUUAGAUACAGUGCUGCUGGCUCACGAGGAAGAGCCACCGUCACAUGCGAAGACGGACAAUCCAUUGAAGCUGACAAGAUUGUUCUCACUGCUCCACUUGGAGUGUUGAAAGAGCAAUCAAUACAAUUUGAUCCACCUUUACCUCAGUGGAAGCGUGAUGCCAUCAGACGAAUGGGCUUUGGUUUGCUCAACAAGCUAAUCCUUGUCUUCGAGAAACCCUUUUGGGACGUUGAGAGAGAUAUGUUUGGUCUUCUCCGAGCUCCUCGAAAUGGAUCCGGUGUCAACCAACGUGACUACAAGGAGGGCCGCGGCCAGUUCUACUUGUUCUGGAACUGUAUUGACACCACCGGACUCCCAAUGUUGAUCGCUCUGAUGGCCGGAGAGGCUGCGCAUGAAGCAGAAAAAGUCAGCGACGAGGUCCUUGUCGGACAGUGCAUGGAGCAGCUACGCAAUGUCUUUGGCGCAAUGAACGUCCCAAUGCCAGUGGAGUCCAUCGUCACUCGGUGGGGUUUGGAUCGGUUUGCAAGAGGUACUUACUCCUACGUUGCAGCGGAAGCCCGGCCUGGUGACUAUGACCUCAUUGCUGCUCCGAUACAAAAUCUUUUCUUUGCUGGCGAAGCCACCAUUGCCACUCACCCGGCUACCGUCCAUGGCGCAUAUCUCUCCGGUCUCCGGGCCGCUUAUGAAGUCUUCGAAUCGAUGGUCGGCCCCAUUCCGAUCCCCCCUACCUUGGUACCGUCAUCUGUUAUGAAGAAGCCGUCUUCCGGUUCUGUUGAACUGACGCAAAUGGACACUCAUAUGGUCCAAGGCGGCAAGAGAAAGGGAGAUGAGCUACUCCCAGCUGGUACUUUCACCAGACCAGUAAAAGAAAAAGACAACUCCCUCCAAGAAGCCUGGGAUGCUGCGAUGUGGGUUCGAAUUUAUGACGAUCUAGGACCACCGCCUGUGAAACCGCCAAAGGCGAAUGUCAAUUCCUUCCUUCUCUACUCCGGUGAACACUGGGAGGAGGUCAAGGCUCGUUUGGCCGAAGAGAGAAAGAAAACAGGCAAAAGAACCAAACAAUCCGAACGCGAUCAAGUCCGAGUUGAAUUGGGCAAGAUGUGGGCCGCGUUGUCGGAGGAAGAGAAGAAGCCUUAUACGGACAAAACGAACAAGAACCGCGAGGAGAAUGACAAGGCAAUGAAAGAAUGGUCUAUCAAGGCAGCCGAAUGGGACAGACGAACCUGGGAGGUCAAGGACGUCUGGAUUAAAGAGGGAAACAGUUUUGAGGAAUUCUGCAAACGGAAACGUGAGGAUGAUGCGCUGAUGGAUGCAGAAGUGGCGAAACGGGCUAAAAUCCAAGGCCACCAUGGUUAG